AUGAAUACAUUUAAUUAUUUUAGUUAUGCUAGUAAUUUAAAAGAAAGUUUACUAGCAGAGAGAAUUGGUAAUGAUCAUCCUAUUAGUGUGAAUAUUGGUCGAUUAAAUGAUUAUCAAUUUCGUUUUAAUCAUAAACAAAUCGAUGGAUAUAGAAGAGCUAAUAUUGUACCAAUGAAAGGUUCAUCUGUAAAUGGACUUGUAUAUGUUAUAAAUGAAAAACAUAAAGAUUAUUUAUUAAAAACUGAACCUGGUUAUAAAAUAAUUGAAGUUAAUAUUGAACUUGAUUGUGAUCAUAAUUUUCUUCCAUCAAAUGAAUAUCUUCAAACAAUUAUUAAUGGUGCGAAAGAUCAUCAUUUUUCUAAAGACUAUAUUGAUUAUAUUAUUUCUAUUGCAAAUAAUAAAUAA